UCUUAGGAAAGCCUGGAACUUCAAACCAGAACGCCUUCAAGACACUCUCCAGCUUUUGCUCUUGGAUUUUCUUCCUCCGCGGCAGACCAACUCUGCUGCUCUGAGUUCAAGAUGGGCAGAGGAUGACUGCCCCGUCACUGCCAAGUUGCUCCCAGACUGCCCCUCUACCUGGGUCCCGUGACAAAUUCCCAGAGAAUGUGUUUGAUUGGCUCACUGGGGUCAAGGGAUCAGUCCUGGCCCACGGUGACUGGAUCAUUUCGAACAAAUAAGGCCGCUGGAGCCCACAGGGGGAGACUGUGGGGACAAUUGAGGACUAAGGCUGUCUCUCCUGCGUAUCCCGUCACUCCCUGGUAGACCACAGCAUCCUGCCAUUCGUGAGGAUGGGAGGUGGCCGCCCUACCUGAGCUCCCCCUGGUUACCAUGCCCAGACCAAGACCUAGAGGGGCAUCCCAAGCCUGUCGGAUAUGGAGCAGCUCAAACGAAGCAGGCCGUCCCUGGGAACAAGAAGCAGAGUGCGUAAAGACGGGAUUGUCCGAAGAUGGUCCGCUUCUCCAUGAACUCUGGGAGGAGACGAUGGUGUUUGGCUGUCACCCCGGCUUGGUGAAGGGAGCCUUUCCAGAGCCGACGCAACACAGAAGAUCAUCAGGGUGACCUUGAACCGCAAAACUGCUGUCCACGUGGACCGGGGCUGACAUAGCACGUCCCUCUGCCAGGACCCCUGUGUCCAAACUCCGAGACAUGGCGACCAAUGGCAGCAAGGUGGCUGAUGGGCAGAUCUCCACAGAGGUCAGCGAGGCACCUGUAGCCAAUGACAAGCCCAAAACCCUGGUGGUCAAGGUGCAGAAGAAAGCAGCAGACCUUCCCGACCGGGACACGUGGAAGGGCCGCUUCGACUUCCUCAUGUCUUGUGUGGGCUACGCCAUUGGCCUGGGCAAUGUCUGGAGGUUCCCCUAUCUCUGCGGGAAAAACGGUGGCGGAGCCUUCCUGAUCCCCUACUUCCUGACGCUCAUCUUUGCGGGGGUCCCCCUCUUCCUGCUGGAGUGCUCCCUGGGCCAGUAUACAUCCAUUGGGGGUCUGGGGGUGUGGAAGCUGGCCCCCAUGUUCAAGGGUGUGGGCCUCGCGGCUGCUGUGCUAUCAUUCUGGCUGAACAUCUAUUACAUCGUCAUCAUCUCCUGGGCCAUCUACUACCUGUAUAACUCCUUCACCACGACACUGCCGUGGAAACAGUGUGACAACCCCUGGAACACAGACCACUGCUUCUCCAACUACAGCAUUGUCAACACCACCAACAUGACCAGCGCUGUGGUGGAGUUCUGGGAGCGCAAUAUGCACCAGAUGACAGACGGGCUGGACAAGCCAGGUCAGAUCCGCUGGCCCCUGGCCAUCACGCUGGCCAUCGCCUGGAUCCUCGUGUAUUUCUGCAUCUGGAAAGGCGUUGGAUGGACUGGAAAGGUGGUCUACUUCUCUGCCACAUACCCCUACAUCAUGCUGAUCAUCCUGUUCUUCCGCGGAGUGACCCUGCCAGGGGCCAAGGAGGGCAUCCUCUUCUACAUUACACCCAACUUCAGAAAGCUGUCGGACUCCGAGGUGUGGCUGGACGCAGCUACCCAGAUCUUUUUCUCCUACGGGCUGGGCCUGGGAUCCCUCAUCGCCCUUGGGAGCUACAACUCUUUCCACAACAAUGUCUACAGGGACUCCAUUAUCGUUUGCUGCAUCAAUUCAUGCACCAGCAUGUUCGCAGGAUUCGUCAUCUUCUCCAUCGUGGGCUUCAUGGCCCAUGUCACCAAGCGGUCCAUUGCGGAUGUGGCGGCUUCAGGCCCUGGGCUGGCGUUCCUGGCGUACCCAGAGGCGGUGACCCAGCUGCCCAUCUCUCCCCUCUGGGCCAUCCUCUUCUUCUCAAUGCUGCUGAUGUUGGGCAUUGACAGCCAGUUCUGCACCGUGGAGGGCUUCAUCACAGCCCUGGUGGAUGAGUACCCCAGACUCCUCCGCAACCGCCGGGAGCUCUUCAUCGCGGCUGUCUGCAUCGUCUCCUACCUGAUUGGCCUCUCUAACAUCACCCAGGGAGGCAUUUAUGUCUUCAAACUUUUCGAUUACUACUCUGCCAGUGGCAUGAGCCUGCUGUUCCUCGUGUUCUUUGAAUGUGUCUCUAUUUCCUGGUUUUAUGGUGUCAACCGAUUUUAUGACAAUAUCCAAGAGAUGGUUGGCUCCAGGCCCUGCAUCUGGUGGAAACUCUGCUGGUCUUUCUUCACCCCAAUCAUCGUGGCGGGUGUGUUCAUUUUCAGUGCUGUGCAGAUGACUCCUCUCACCAUGGGAAGCUACGUUUUCCCCAAGUGGGGGCAGGGCGUGGGCUGGCUCAUGGCCCUGUCUUCCAUGGUCCUCAUCCCAGGGUACAUGGCCUACAUGUUCCUCACCUUAAAGGGCUCCCUGAAGCAGCGCAUCCAGGUCAUGAUCCAGCCCAGCGAAGACAUCGUUCGCCCAGAGAAUGGGCCGGAGCAGCCCCAGGCCAGCAGCUCAGCCAGCAAAGAGGCCUACAUCUAGGGGUGGGGGGCGCUCGCCGACCCAGCACUCUCACCCCCGACCUGGCUGAGCACGACCACCACUUGAUGUCCGAAGAUAGCUUCUAUCUCAACCUACCUCGAGUGGCGAGUCCAGACACCAUCACCAUGCAGAGAGAGGGCGGUGGGAGGACAGGGAAACCCCUGGGUGGGCUGCCCUGGGCACGGAUACCUGGGGGCUUCCAGCACCCUGUGGGCUAGUGACCAUUUAACCCUGGGCCCAUCAGCAUCCAGCGGUCGGCGUUUGUAACGGGCCAUAGAUCAUUUUUAUCCCGCCAGAGAGCAUGCCUGCCACAGUGAGGCCACUCACGCUCCUGGCUUUUAGUCUCAUUCCUGACUGUUCUCUUACUGCCGAAACCCACGACUGUUAUCGCGGACUUUGCAGGAGUUGCUUGCCCUCAGCACGCUGCUCUGCACACAUGGAAAGGGCCUUUUGUACAACGGGACCUCCAGGGAGAGCUCGCUCUUAAGUG